UUCCUCGCUCUUUAAUGAGGGACAGCAACAUGCUGGAGGAAGACGUGACUGUUUUUGUUUAGUUUUAGAUUAAUCAAACAGAAUCAUAGAAGAUGGCAACAAUUACAGCUCUUUCAAACGAAUCAAAACUCAGAGCUGAUGAAGAAGAAGAUGCGCAAGCUUCAAAGAUACUGGAGAUUCUUAAUGGGAGAACUGUUGACGCCUCAAAAGUGACAGAAGAGUCUGUGGACAGAGAAGUUUGGUCAAUGGAGAUGGGAGAUGACUCGGUGUUCUACAGCGAUGAUGAGCACGCUCAGUUUGACAAGGAAUCUGCCUACUUAACUGGCUUCAGUGGCAAAAGGUGCAAAAAUCCUGUUAACAGUGUGGCAGACGGUGAAGGCAACCAACAUAAUCCAGCUGAGAAGAAACCUGGAGAUGAAUAAGAAAUUGAACCAGUGCAUCAUCUGGACUGAAGAGGACAAGCAGAAGCUUGAGAUAUUUACUACUAAAAGAAUGCAUGUUUCAGACCCUUGGGAAUCAUCUGCAGAGUCUUAUGUCACUCCUGGAAAGUUUGGGAAAACGUCUGGAGAGUUUGUGCAGAAAAAUAAAGCAACAAAUGCGGACCAAGUUAGAAAAGAGGAAGUGAUGACAGAAGCUGACACCUCAAAUCAACACCUGUUUGACUUACUCAACAAUGACGGAUAUAUAAAGCUGAAUGGAGAUGCAGAAUUUCCUCAAAAACUGUCUGGUGCUGACACCCAGAAAUCAACUGACAUGCAGUCUGCGGGAGAUGUGGAAGCAGAGUUCCUGCAAAACCCCAGCCAAGGUCAUUUGAACCUGCCAGGGCCAACGAAAUCUGACUGCAGCGCCUUCAACCACCUCUCCUCCUCCAAAUACAGCACCGUGUCCUACCGCAGGAUCCGCAGAGGCAACACACGACAGAGGAUAGAGGAGUUUGAGUUCUUGCUGACGAAUAAAAAAUAACCUGCCUUUCAAAUCUAUUAAGAAAAAGAUGACGGGCCAAACACAUGACUACAAGCUUACAAAUGUUCCAGCUCUGAAAUGUAUGUCAGUAGUUUCAGAAAUCCCUGAUGAUAUUCACAAUAUACUUACAUCUGUGACACUCCUAAAUCUAUUUAAUGACAUUAUGUUUGAGAAAUGCCUAACUUUGCUGUUAACUCUACAGGUAUUUAUUGUGGAUAUGUAUGUUAAACUAAUUUGGGGAUUUGAACCAAAUUACCAUUUAUUUGAACCAAAGAGAUGAUUGUACAACAAAAUGCAACUAGAAAAUUCCUGAAGAAAUUUAACUGGGGCCUGCCAAAGUGUGCCCGUCGGUUUGGACCCAGCGUUCUGAUGCUAAGAAUUAGCAUCAAUGCUAAAGAAAGCUGCAAUGUAAUCAAUAGCAUGUGAAGAAUCACAAGAAUGUUAAGUAAGCUGGACAUGCAACAUUCAGUAUGAUAAAGUAAGUGUAUUAGCUAAAAUGAGCAAAUAUGCUAAUAUAAGCAUAAAUACUGUCAG